UCACGCUCACGCUCGCCGUAUAUCCUCUUUCUCUACCAACCAAUUUCCUCACGUCUUCUGCACAGACACUCUGAGUACAACUCAAAAUGGGAGGCUGGUGGUUGUUCCUCUUUGCGGUGCUAGGUGCCGCCGCGCUGCUGUUCACAAUGGUGUUCUUCAUAAUCAUGUUCUCCGACCUGGAAUGCGACUACAUCAACCCUAUCGACCUAUGCAACAAGCUCAACCAAUUCGUCUUACCAGAAAUGAUCGCCCAUGCAAUUCUCACCGUGUUAUUUUUACUCUGCGGGCAAUGGUUCACCUUCCUGCUCAAUGUGCCGUUAGUGCUGUACAACGCAAACAAGGUAAAUAAAAAGAACCACAUGUACGACGCGACGGAGAUUUUCCGGACGUUGGGUGGACAUAAACGAGAGUGUUUCUUCAAGCUUGGGUUUUACCUGCUCAGCUUCUUCUACUAUCUGUACCGAAUGAUUCUGGCCCUUAUCCAAGAGAGCGAACGAUGAACGCGUCCCACAUACACGGACAGCGGGUGCAAGAAAGGCCGAGAUGCACUUACAGCGAAGGUAGGAAGGGAUGUUGGCAGCCCAGUCGAUGUGGUAGACCAUACGUGCGAGAUGUUGCAGGUCCGAAAGCGGACAGCAGCGGCGCGGUGAUGGCGAGCACGUUAAACCCACUUUUAUUCCAUAAAACGGGAUCGCAAUUCCCUCUCUCCUGUUCUCAUGACCCUUUCUUCCAAGCACUCCCAACGACCCUCCUGUUCAUCUUUGUGAUCCCCUUUGGUGUGCAAUUGAUUACGUUUCCUGCAGGCCCGGCACACGCAGGUGCUUGCUUUCCUCGCUGAAAUCCUGCUGAGGGGUUCCUGACGGAGAAGAUUAAUAUCAUCUCUUAUUCCUUGGGUCUUGACCGUUUCUUAUUUUUACUCCUGUACAUACCUCU